AUGGAGGUGGGUUGGCAUAUUUGCACCUUCGUUGCCGGAAUCACUGCAGAUGUGGAUCGUACCGUUUUACAUCGCGUUGUCGCAUCUAACAAUGUCAGAGAUGGCGCAGCCCAAGAGAGCCGUCCAGAAGUGGAUAUUACAGAGCCGAUCACGAAUGUAGGUACUAAGAUGAAUACACUGUUGACCAAUUACAGCAAGAAUCAAUCUUUUGCGCUGGAUUGAAA